AUGACUGAGCUGCGCAUAGCAGGCAAGAAGCUGAAGUGCCUCAUUGAUACCGAUUCCCCCUCACUCGGUGUGCUAGCAGUAAAGGUGAAGCAAGAGGGAAUUUUUUAUUUAAGUCCCAUUUUCAGAAGCCCUUCCUCACUGUGUGCACGAGUGAAGAGAACAAUAAUGAUGCCGGCCCACUCUGGUAAAUUCGUACCUGCAACUGUUCGCAUUCCCAGCAAUGAAGUUUUGAUAGAAGGAAAUAUAGGGGAAUUACUAAUACCGAGAUCUCUCUGUAGAAAGACAAGUAACACCGUUAAUGUAUGGGUUGUAAACCUGGGUUAUAGACCAGUAAAGUUACGCACAGGAAACUUUCUCUCCGUAGUCGCCUCUAUUAAUGAGUUCCCUCAGGUUGCAGCAGCAGAGUUGCAGGAAGAAUGCCCAUGGCUGACAGAUAACGAAUCCCCAGGGGAGUUGCCCACUCUGAGUCAUCUUCCCAGUUUUCAGAGUGAUGCCUUGUUGACGGUGUUGCAGUCACAUAAAUCACUCUUUGAUGGUAAUAAGUCCGAGGUAGGAGUAGUCCCAGGUAUUUACCAUUCAAUACCCACAGGUGAUGUGCAGCCUAUUAUGACGAGGCAGUGGAGACCUCAAAUUUCCAAACAGAUUAUCAGAGAAGAGUGCAAGAAGAUGCUGGAUAGUGGCGUAAUAGAACCAUCCACCUCUCCAUGGUUGUCCCCAAUAGUCCUGGUGAAAAACGUGAUGGCAGCCACCGAUUCUGUGUAG